AUGGCCGCCGCCUCUGGAAACAAAAAAGCUCGCACCCACCCCCCAUACGAACUCCUCUAUCACCCAGGCAUCCCAGGCCGCGGAGAGUUUAUCCGUCUAGUCUUCGAGGCCGCAGGCGUGUCCUACAAAGAUGUCGCCAAUGAGUCGGACGAGGGUACAAAGUCUGUCUACGCACUCGUCGACCCUGCCUCCACCGGUGACAAAGAUGGCAACCCGCCCCCCUUUGCACUCCCAGCUCUCCGCAUUCCCGGCGAGGGCAAGAAUGGCAAUGCGCUCGUCAUCUACCAGACACCCGCGAUCCUCGCCCACCUAGGCGACAAGCUGCAUCUCGCAGGCAGCGACGAGGCGCAGAGGGCCUGGGUCAUGGGCCAUGCGCUCACGGCCCUGGAUCUCAACAAUGAAGCGCACGAUACCCAUCAUCCUAUUGCCGUGUCGGAUUACUACGAGGCGCAGAAGGAGGAGGCGCUUAAGAAGGCCAAGGUGUUUCGUGAGCAGAGGAUUCCCAAGUUCUUGGCCUACUUUGAGCGUCUGCUCACCGGCAAUAGGGAACAGGGUGAUGGGAAGUAUCUCGUGGGCAAUCAGUUGACCUACGCAGACACUACCCUGUGGCAUGUCUUGAGUGGCCUGCACUUUGCCUUUCCAAAGGAAAUGGAGGCAAGGCAGAAAGACUACCCCACCUUGUUUCAAACAUUUUACCCAGCUAUCCAAGAGAUCAAUGGCCUGAAGGAGUACUUGACCAGUGACAGGCGUGGGCCAUUCAGCAUGGGUGUCUAUAGACACUAUCCCGAACUGGACAGAGAGUAA